AUGGGCGAACGGUUCAGGUCGAUUUUACGGGAACAUGCUCUCCAGCCACUUCUGAGAGGCUGGAGUCAUAGCAUCAUAUUCCUACGGGAUGCACAUUGGUUCGCCGACAAUGGGCUUGAGCGGUUCCCUUUACAUUGGAGGAUACGAGAUCAAUCACGAGUGGUCGGAACAGUCACCUAUCAACCCCUGGGUCAGAACUGGCUCCCCAUUGAUUUGCUUGAUAUUGGAAUCGGCGUUGCAGUCGGCGAAUCUCCCUUCAACUUCACAUCGAAGGCAAACCUACUCGUCCAAGACAACGACAUUAUCAAUAGACCACUUUCUGUAACCGUCGAACCCCGAGAUCCACAUCUACACCUACCACGGUCAUCAUGCGAUGCAAUCGCGGAACUCAUACCGAUGGUCUUCUCACCGGACUUGGGGCUCCAUCUAUGGGACACCAACUCACCAUUAUACAGUCGAAUCACAACAUCUCCCGCAGUGUUAUCUUUCACCUUCCGUCUCUCUCGGAGUGUCACCUCGAAUGGUCUCAAAUAUUUCCCAUGUGCGCCACUUCCCGUGGGUGCUACUACACCAAAUGGUGCCCCGGCAGCCAUUCUCGAUCGGGCAUUUCUCCAAGCAGCAUUCAUAGGUGUCAAUUGGAGUGAUCAGUCUGGUGCGACUUGGUUUAUGGCCCAAGCUCCUGGUCCGAAUACACCAGAAACGGUAAGUGUAGAGGCAAUCUCCUCGGAGAAGACAAACAUUGUCCCAAGUCAGAAUGAAUGGAUUCAAACUUGGGAUGGGGGCUGGGGCGUGUUGAAAAAAGAUGGCACAACAGCCUCGAUCUCUGUUCCUACUGCGACUGGAAGUGGUGUUUCCAAUGCUGAGACACCCAAUGCAGGGUCACUAUCAAUUGCUGCAAAAUUUGGAGUCGGUAUCGGAAAGAAGCGAGCGAAGAGAAAUCAGCAGAUUGGUCGGCCAAUCCAGGCUGAUCAUGAUUAUAAAGAGUCAUGCAAUAAUGAGACCAAAUAUGGCGGCUUUAUGCCAGGGGAGCUGGAAGUAAAAUAUCAUGGAGAACAAGAUCGGAGAUUCAAUUCGCAUGAGUUGGACAGCCAUAGAGCUACAGGAAGAAUCGCCGAGUUGGGUUGA